UUGAUAAUUGUGUUUCUUUUUACUGUAUGCGUUUGUUGCGAGAAUGCUACAGACAUUGACACUCGUUCAACUGUUUUGUAUGUUAUGAAGAGAAAAUUGUAUGACGAUUUGAUGACCUGUGAGAUGUUCCUCUGUGGUGUGAGCUCUUCCCAGUUUUUCUCGGAAGAAGAAUUUGAUGACUUGUGAAUAUUGGAUGAAAGGCUAACUGUUCUGCACCUCAGCUGAAACAUCUUCCACAAUGGCAACGAGAGCUGCGACAUUCACAUCAAAGAUACGCAACUUGAAGGAGUAUCAUUACAAGAUUGUCACAAACAUCGCUCCGUUGCCAACUGGUGUUGACAUUGCCAAUACUCUCAAGUAUUUUUCACAGACUCUUCUCAGCGUUCUCAAAGAUGUGCCAAACAUCCCCAUUGAGAACUAUGGUCUGCGACAAAAAGACAGCGUUCGCCUGUCGAUUUUCCCCACCCUGAACUACUCGGGCUUGUACCAGGCUGUUCUCAGUAUCUUGGACCUGGUCCCGGUGGUCCAGAUUGGGCAGCUUGCUCUGGGAGAAGCUGUGUUAAAUGUGCUUGGCUGGCUGGUUCCCUUCCUGGAGCACGACCUACUAGACGCUCUGCCGUACACCGUGGCGUCAACUCUGGCCAUCUUCCCACCGACCCUCCACAAGGACACGAUCGACCUGCUGUGCACUAGUCUCCUACCCAUGACUCUCAGUGCGGAUGUGAGUGAGGAGCCGACAUAUGCCAGUGAAUCUGCCGCAGCCAUCAUCACUAUGGUGUUUCAACACACAGAGAAUGGAGCGUUCCACUCCCAGAUUUUGGAGUGUUUCAUGAGUAUGAAGAAAAACAUUAUCAAAGACAUUUUGAGCAUCAUUGCGUAUGCUCCUCCGACAGCCAAGGCUCCAGCAGCUCACCUGCUAUUUUACUACUGGCCCCAGCUCAACCCAACGCUCAGUGAUCGCAGAGGCAUACAUUACAAAUACAGUGGAAUUGAAUUUACAGCCUGGCCUGCUAUUCUGUGUCAGCGCAAAGGCUGCAUUAAUGAAGGGAACUGUCAGGCUGUUAAGAUGUGCAUCAACCCGGCCCUGGCCAUCCACUCGGGAGACACGCCCCCUCCCCUGUACAUCUGCAGCGACUGCACCGAGGCGUUGAAGAAAGACCACGGAGAGUACAUGAUGGACCUGCUCAUGCCUAUGCCACACGUCUCGUCGGUCUGUGAGAAUAAGAACUGCAAGUCGUCACAGAACAUUGCGAUCUGCACGUGCUUCAGCAUAGAGUGCGCCAGCUAUAACAGCAACAGGCCUGUCAGGUACUGCAGCACCUGUCACGAGCGUCGUCACGGCAACAGCGGCUCACCCAAUCACAUCUUCCACACCAGUAUCUCGGACAUCUGGGGCUGCACACCGGAAGUGCAGAGAUACCUCAUGGAUGCCAUCGUCAGUUUGUUGAAAGAGGCAUCGCCCAUCGGGACAAAGAGGAUGGUGGAGAUGGGGGAAGAUCUGCGUCGCAUGCCAGAUGAUGACGAUGGCUUCGAGGUGGAAGAUGUCGGGGAGAGAAAGUUGCUCAGUCGGUAUGGAAUUUGGCUGCUGGUGGAGCUGUGCAAGCCCGGGGAGGAUAUCCCCAUUGAGGUCCUGGGAAGGCUGCUGGGAAUGCUGUUCCAGUGGUUCGAUGCAACAGCCUAUCUGCCUGAUGAUAACAUUGGCAAUGCCUUGGAACGACUCAAGCCAGAGUACAUUUACUCGUGGCUGCAAGAAGUGAUGAAGACACACUUUGAGGUCAUUGUCUCUUGUCUGCUGCCACACCCUGUGGAGUACUCAUCUGGGACUACGUGAUGCCGUACUGGCUGGAGGCCAUCAGAACAGAGGUGCCGGAGGACGAGCUGCACGAACUCAAAGUUCUCCUGAGCAAAGCAUUUGACAUAGACAUGUGCCCUCUCCCGUUCACCCUCCACAAGAUGUACAACUUUGUCAGCGACCGCUUCAACGACACCAGCGCCUCUGUCAUGGAGCAGGCGCUACAGUGGCUGCAGAUCUUAGGAAGCCUGGAUAUCGUUAUCCCAAUGCAUCAGAUCUUGAAGAUGUUCAAAAUGGGGGUGGAGAAAAUCAGCACAGAUGUGGAGAAUUCACAGCCACUGCAGCAGGAGGAAGGUCAAGGUCACUCCAUCCUGACCCCUGGGUCCCCGGCGCGAGAACAUGCAGCCCCACUCAGCCCCGAGAGGUUCCCAUUUGUGUCGGACCCCUACGAUUUGUACGACAAGGAAUCGGAGCUGGUCCUGCCCUGCUUUGUUAUGAUGCUGGAUCUUACACUCAAACAGAUGGAUCUGCAAGAAGCACCCCAACAUCUGGGCAUCUACAAUGAGACAAGUCGCGAAGUCAUGUCGCUACUGACCGGCAUGCUGCACAAGAACUGGGACGGCCAACACACGUGCGACACAGACACGAAGCGUGUCAACUGUAUGUUCUGCCAGAACAUUGCGCUGUGGCACCAGCUGGCGGCUCAGCUCAUGGAGCACGUCUGUCCCCGCGACCCGCUCAAGAUCCCCAACAAAGACCUUCCCAAACUGGACGACAUGAAGCCACACACCCGCACAGAGUCGCUCAAUGAAAGUGUGGAGCUGGAUGAGGAGAAGGAAGAGCCGGAGUUCAACAUCCCUGCCAUGCCCAUGUAUCUGCAGCUGUACGACGUGCUCCUGGAGAGCCUGGUGAAUGUGUCAGACGUGGAUGCGCUGUAUGCUGUCCUGUCCUCGCUGCGAUACCUCAUCCUGCACGGAGAAUGUCUCAACUACACCAUCAACCAGUACACAGAGUUCAUUACUAUCUCCUUCCGCAAAAGAUUCAUACCCACUUUGUGGAAGUUGCUGCAGACAGAACACUCCCAGCUGGCCACGCUGUGCAUCCCUCUGCUCCUGCACUGCAUCACGCUGCCCUCGGGCUCCCACACCCUCUGGUGCCUGGUGGAGCAAGACUUCGGGCAUGAUGACUGGCGGGCUCGCUUCGCCGCGGUCGAGAAGGUCACCAUGAUCGCUCGCUGUCUGGAGCCGGAGGUCAUUCGGAACAAUCACAUAAUCCAGACGUCGCUCGCUCACACUUUCUGUCAUUUGAUUGGUGCUGUGGAAGAUAUUAAUGCCUCUGUGGCACAGCGAGCGAUGAUGUUUUUGGAGACUAUUAGACCGGCUGCCCUGAAGUGUUUGUGCAGCUGUCUGGAGUUCCAGUUUGACUCGGUCAUCGAGGACCGCUCGCUCAUCCUGCACAGGAUCCAAGUGUUAGAAAACGCUCUCAGAGAUGUCUUGAUUUUGACCUGGGAGUUUUUCCUCAACCGUUUUGACACUCUGUCACUUGAGGCUCAGGUCGAUUUGGAAAACAGCGGAGAUAUACCCUACCCAACAGACUUGACCAGCAGUGACCGACACAGCGAGCACUUUCAGCGUAAGUUGAACCGUGCCAAGUUUGCCCUGGCCCGCACAGACAGCGUCCGGUCGGUCAGUCAGAGCAUGAAGGGGAAGCCACCGUACCGCCGAGCCGUCUCUGUCCCUCUCCACCUCAUCACCAAGGGGGUGAGCCCGCCCAAAUUAAAUCUAGCCCAGCAUCACCAAGAGCCUUCGGAGACCGAGCGCAAGCAGAGGUCCCUGCCACACAUCUUUGACAAGCAUUCCAAGACGUUUCUGUAUAAACGGCUGCUUAUGGAGAAGGAGAAGCCGUGUGUCCGGCAGUGGUCAGCCCCUCAGUUCAACCUCCCGCGACGCAUGCCGUCCAAGCUGAAUCUGGGCAGUUUUGGGGCGUCCAUGUUCCCAGGAGGUCAGCUGCGAGAGUUCACAGACGAGGAGAGUAACUUUGCUGCGUUGUUGCAGCGAGCGAUGGAGGGCGUGGACAGAGACACGGUCUACCAGCUUGUCUCCCUUCUCAUGACGUUCAUGGUGCAGUGCAACGACCACGACGAUGCUGAGGAGAGGACAGAUACCAAAGCUCAGAACAUUGUCCUACGUCACCUCAACGUCCUCCUGGGCUACAACCAGACGGAGAAGUCAUUCAGCGUUCCUCCAUUCAAGCUCAGGUCUUCUGCGGUUUUCAAUGCGUUCCUGAGCGGCGUCAUGUAUGUUCUGGAUCGAAACUUCAAGCUGGGCUAUGUGAUCCUGUCCAUCACGCUGUUGGUGCUGCAGUACUGCCCCUCCCCGCAGCGUUACGCCUCUGACAACCAGCCGGCCACCUACACGCUGUGGUACCUCGAGCCCCACACCCGCGUCUCCUGGCUCAAGUCCCUGCUGGUUAUUCUGUAUAAGUACCAAAUCAGCACCUCACCCCGCUCAGCCAUCAUCCAGAGCCUGGUCCAGCUGGUCAUCAACACCAUUGACGCUCAACAUCACCGCUGCAAGAAGACAGAAGAUGGCUUCCCGCCUCCGACACCGACGGUCCACAGGAGCAAAGCUGACCUGAGUAAAAUCUCCGUGAGUGACCUUGAGAACAUCCAGGAGACCGACACACCCCCUCAGUCCCCAUCCAGUCAGAAACAAGAGAACGGAGAGAUGGCCUCAGUGCAGGUCAAGCCGCACGCGACAGGCGGGAUGGUGCACUACUUUAAGCAUGUGCACACUGAUGGAGCCGAGAGCAGUGAAGGAAUCACAUCUGACGCUGAGGGAACCCCACCCACGCUGGGCGGCAUCCGAAAAGAUGGCUCCAGGAAACAGAUGAAGGCCAGACAGCCCAGACGUCUCAUCGAGUACUCCGAGCCGGACUCGGCCGACGAUGAUUCGAAGGAUUUGACGGAGAGAAGUGAUGCUCCGUUACUGUCGCAGAAAACAAAAUCGCCGAUCUCGGUAGAGAAGAAGAUGGCGCAGCAGCUGCAGGAGUUCUCUGUCUCCUCGUCCCAGCCCACGGUGGCGGGCGGACAUUCCAACCCGGUCGUGCACGGAGGUGCCACCAGCAGUAGUGCGACCACCGAGGGCUCGAGUGGGCGCGAGCACGGCACCACGUCGGACCACAGCAGAGAAGCUGCCUCGGAGGGAGAGACAUCGGACGACAGCGAGAAAACACAGACAAGUGAGGGAGACUCAGCCUGUGACGCCACUCUGGAGGAUAGUAAAGGAAGUGACUCGGUGACAGAGAAGAGAGUGAGCCCGGUCCUCAAGCCAAACUUCCGACAGAGACGGCCAAGGAAGACGGGGCUAACCACUAUUGACUUCCAGAGGAAGUUUCCGGAACUUCAGGAGGAAAAGCACCCCCAAGAAGAACCGUCGCAAGCCCCAAGAUCUUCCAGCCGACGCUCCCGUAAGGCAGAACUGUUGGCCAAACAGCAGAGCAUGAAGAAGGUGGCCUCUGUUCGCUAUGGCGAGAACGUGAUGGUGGAGCGGUGCAGCGAGUGCAAUGCGGUGCUGGAGCAGUACGAUGACGACACCAUCGGCCUGUGCAUCACCGCCCUGGCCACCUUCAUACACAGAGAGCCGGGACUUGCCACGCCCAUGUUGUUGGACAUGCUGCAGUGUGUCGCAAGGAUUGCUUCUGGAAGCCAUUACUCCUGGCAGGCAGAGAGUAACGUGAUCAUCCCAGGCAACUGUGUGAGCAUCGCCCGUCAGUUUCUCCGCUGUGUUCUGCACCAGCUGGCUCCCAACGGGAUCUUCCCCAUGGUCUUCCAGAGCAACAUGGAAGAUCCCCAUUUCUGGAAGACAAUGGCUGCCUCCCUGAUAGACUUCAGUGACCUGCCCUCUCAUGCUCCACUGCAGUACUUGCUUGAAGGUCUGAAUGAGCGCAAGAACCUGCCUCAAGACUCCAUCAUGCUGCUGCUUAACAACAUGGCCACCUACCUGAACUGCGUCUCUCUAGAGAGUUCCCUUCCCAUGUGGACAGCCAUCUUGACCCACUUUGACACUUUCCUGCGGCGACUCCCCCUGGUGUUGCCCAACCCGUGCGACAUGGGCCCCAUCCUGAAGAUCAUCAUCACACUACUCAAGGUCUACUACAUCGGGAACGUGCGGGGAAUCCUGGAACCUUUCUCCAAGAUCCUGAGCUUCGCCAUUCAGAACUGUAGCUUCAAGCUGCAGCAGUUGCUGGACAUCUGCUCCCUGUGCAACAGAGCUCUCACCAGGGAGCGUGAUAAGAUGUUCUUGACCCGCACAGUGAUCUACGAGUUGGUUCAAGCCAUCAAGUUCAAAUCCAGCAUUCCGGAUGAGAACCUUCUGAUGCUGAUGCAGUUUGUGGUACUGGACGCGGGCGGCACUCUGUCCCUGUACAAUACGUCGGGCUCGGAGGCGGGCUCCCUGUACAGCACACAGUCUCCCUCUCUGAUCAGCACGUGCGCUGCCGAGUGCAUGCGACAGCACCUCAACGACUGCCUCGAGUUUAUCGCAGAUCUACACACCAUCUCCAAGGUCAAGGCCAACAUGAAGGUUGCCGGGGCCAGUCUGAACGAGGACACACUGGGCAGUCAGCUCAAGUCUGGCGUGUCACAGUACCUGGCACUGGAGAUCACUCGCGGCAAUGGGCGGGACAAUCGGGCAAUCACCAGGUACCUGCCCUGGCUCUACCACCCGCCAUCGGCCAUGCAGCAAGGACCCAAAGAGUUCAUUGACUGCAUCGGCCACAUCCGACUUAUGUCCUGGCUUCUGAUUGGCUCAUUGACUCACACAGCGGUGACAGAGGGAGGGGCCCCCAUUUCCUGUCUGCCUUUGCCGCUGGAGGCCAGCUGUCACAUCGCUGACCACAUCAUGGUCAUCAUGACAGGCUUUGCUGAGCAGUCCAGUGCCUCUGUGCUCCACAUGUCCUCGCUGUUCCACGCCUUCAUCUUGUGUCAGCUGUGGACAAUGUACAGCGAGUCAGCGGCCGCGCUUCACUCCCCUGGCAGCGAGCAGCACCUGAUGGCCUCGGCGAUGAUCAUGGACUUCUGGGCCCGGGUCACUCCCGGCAUCCUGCAGCUGCUGUCGCACUCGAAAGUGGAUAAGCCUAUUCUCGAGCUGGCGGAGAUGGUGAACCUGCAUUUCUUGAGUCUGAUGGAAGCUCUACAGGAGUGUAACUCUUCAGUGCUGGCCAAGCUGUUCCCGAUGUGGACGUCAAUUCUGUUUGCCUACCAUGCACAGUUACCCGGACACCUCCAAGUGCGCCUGCAGACGUGUCAGAACUGGGAACCGCCGCACCCGACCAAAGACCAGACCUCCUUCAACUCGGCCAUCUUGCUGUCCUGGCUCAAGCGGAUCCAGUUCAAACUGGGGCAGAUCGAGGUCCAGUCCUCGGCGGCCACACAGAUCUACAUUGUCUGAGGGAAUCACAGAUCUACAUUGUCUGAGGGAAUCCAAUACCCAUAUUGUCUGAGGGAAUCAAAUAUCCAUGUUGUUUGAGGGAGGGCAACUUUUACAUGUGUAUCCAUCAUAUGAGGUGUAUUUUGACAUAUGUAUCCAUUGUUAGAGGGAUACUUUGAUAAUCCCUUGUCUAGGGGAUACUCUGUCAUUUGUGUCUAUUUUCUAAGGAAUACUUUGACAUAUGUAUCCAUUGUCUGAGGGCAACUUUGAGGCAUGUUUCCAUGGUCUAAAAGAUACUUUGACAUAUAUGUCCAUGGUCUAAAGGAGACUUUGAUAAUCCAUUGUGUGAGGGAUACUUCAACAAUCCAAGUUGAGGGAUACUUCGAUAAUCUCUUGUCUUGGGGAUACUUUGACCUAAAGUAUAUUUAUUUGUCUGAGGGGUACUUUGACAAUCUCUUGUCUGAAGAUAUUAUGACAUUUUUAUAUAUAUAUCCAUUGUCUUAGGGAUAUUUUGUUAUUUAUAUCCAUUGUCUGAGAGAUACUUUGAUGUGCGUAUCCAUUUUCUGAGAAAUAUAUUGACAUAUUUAUCUUCUGUUGGAGGAAUUCUUUGACAUAUGUAUCCUUUGUCCGAGGGCUUCUAUGACGUAUGUGUUUAUUGUCUGAGGGAUACUUUAUCCAUUGUGCAAGGGAUGUAAACACCCUAUAUAUAGUCUGAGGGAUACAAACACCUUCAAUAUACAGUUGGGCUCUAAGCUCUAAGAAACCUUGAUAAAUUUGAAAGGAAGACUGUCAAUCUGCAGGGUUUUUUUUUAUAGAUGCUAAGGCUCGGCACAAUGGUCAAACAAUGACUGAUCGGGAAACAGGAAGUUGACUCGUCCAAAAAUCUAAAGGUAGAGUACAGUGCUAGUCUCAGCAGUAUUAAAAAAGGACUGUAGUUUUCCUAGAUGUUCAGAAGGAGUGGAAUUGUCAGACGGGUGGAACUAUGAUGUUUCAUCCUGUCUUCUUUGUCUCCUCCUCACUGUUUUUUGAGGUCUGGGACAGAGAUGUCAGCUUGUGCAGCCUGUGGUUUUAAUACAAGCUGUUUUGUAUUUAGCUGUUUAAUGCUUAUUUAUACCCCAGUGUUCAGUUGUUAUGUGAUAAAAUUGUCUAGUCUUUUAUAAAUGAAUAAAAAGUGACUUUUUUUUUCUCACUUUUUAUGGUGUAUCUGUGUUUUUUAAGAGUUGAUGCCUGCCGUGGUGUAGGAGGUUACACAUUAUGUGUGCCUCAUGGGAGCUUCAGGUUCAAACCAAGUUUUGUUCAAA